AUGCUCCGACUUGCGGACCAGGUGCGCGAGCUUGCAGUCGGGUAUGCAGAUGUCCACACUCAUGCCCGGCGACCGCGCGCCAUGUGUGAGUUCGACGGAGAGCGCUGGACGCCUAUAGACCCAGCAGAUGAUGUUGCGCCUGGAUCAGCAGCAGCAAUGCAACCGCGCAAGCAGAGUAUCUUUGCGCAGACGUACGCCGGUGAACAGCACCAGCAGCAGCAACACUUGCAAUCAACGUCGCCAGUCUUGCAGCAGAAACAACAGCCUGGACAUCAGGCUUGGCCAUUGCCGACAGAUUCGGCAUACUCCUCGGCGCCACCUUCUGCAUUGGACACAAGCUCCUCUGGCAACUCAAUGCGCUCAGUCCGAGCGCAAGACUUCAAUCGAGAAGAGCAUCGUCGCAGUUCUGUAUACUACGAGGAAGAUAAUCGCUCCGAUGGAGAAGACUGGUUGGACGACGAGCAAGAUGAUGUCGUGCAUGAUUUGGCAAUGCGUCAUGAAAUGCAAGGCAGCGUCGACAAUGGCCGUCGCGUGAGCAUGUACGCGUCGCCUUCGUUCCAGCGAAACCUCAUCUCCUUUGCAGAUCUCAGUGUCUCCGAGGUUGACUUGUCUGGAGAAGACGCCGAGUGCGACUUGCAAAUGGCGCGUCUGCAGAUUGUCUCUGCCUUCCCCAAACAGUUUGCGCAAGAACUCAGCUCACCUAAACCCCUCACAACGUUCUCGCUGUAUACACGCUCUGAGGAUACAUGCGAGAUGCUGCAUGUGGUGCUUGUGCUCGAACACCGCAAAGCAUUCUGGAAACUGCUGGGUACCUCGGACCGACCUCUCGACAAGGUGACACGCCUUCCUUACAUCUGGGCAGCUGAUUUGGAUUUGCCUCCACUCUCGCUCGAUGAACCACGUAUUGAAAGUGAGCAUGCUUGCAUGAUUAUGGGUGAACCAACCUUCUCCACCAUCCCCUGUGACAACCACAACGACGAAUGCCGUCGUUGCAAGGGUCUCGCUUCAGAAGACGACUGUUUUGCGUGCGAAGGCAGUGGUAUCUUCAAGAAGAAGCCCUGCGUCAUGUGUACCGGCAAAGGCAGGUAUUUCUGCAAGACUUGCAGUAAUACAGGACAUCUCGCUUGUGCUACUUGUGGCAGUAGUUCUGGACCACGCCCAAUUUUAAGACAGGCAUUUAUUCACUGUGCGCGCGAGACACUUGUCAGUCCAACCAUGGAGGUGGAUGGUAGUGACAAGAUGACUUUGCUGUCAACAGCCAAAGCGCUUGCCAAGGAUGUGAUUGAGGGCGAGAAUUUCGGUGAAGGUACGUUACCCGUUGCUGCAUGUGGUGUUGUUAUUCGACAGCGUGGCCAUAUCGUUUGUGCAACAGACAUUGCAUCCGGUGCGAGGGGUUUGUUUGAGGUUGUGGAUGGCACAGAGCGUGUCACCUUCAAGGGUCAACUCAAACCAAUCGCCCAAUCCAUUGCAGGCGGCAGUAUCCGUUCGCAGCACUCCAGCAGGCCGGCCAGUAUCUUGAGCGGCUUCAGCAGACGCAAGAAGGAUGAGGACAACAACUCGGAUGAUGGAGCAAGUAUACGCUCCACUGCAUCGUCUCGUGCCAAGAAGCUAUUGACUUUUUGGAAGAAGUAG